GUUCUAAGACUUUCACAGCCCCCACCGCACCCCCCUCCCCCCAAAAAUAAACCACUGCACCCAAGCAGAAGGCAUGGCAAGUAAGCGGAAGUCUACAACUCCCUGCAUGGUUCGGGCAUCACAAGUAGUAGAACCUGACGUGACCGAAGACAGUGACAGAGCUAAAGCAAAGGGAACGGCCACCCCACAGCCUGACGUGGCCAAGGACAGCUGGGCCACAGACCCUGAACACACUUCCAAAGAAAACGACGUCAUCGAAGUGAAAUCUACAGGGGAACCCCCAUCCAAAAAGCUCCAAGGUGGGUACGAAUGCAAAUACUGCCCCUACUCCACGCAGAAUUUGAACGAGUUCACAGAACACGUCGACAUGCAGCACCCCAAUGUCAUCCUCAACCCCCUGUACGUGUGCGCCGAGUGCAACUUCACAACCAAAAAAUACGACUCCUUAUCCAACCAUAACUCCAAAUUCCACCCUGGGGAGACAAACUUCAAGCUGAAACUCAUCAAACACAACAAUCAAACUGUGUUAGAGCAGUCCAUAGACACCACCAACCACGUCAUCUCCAUCACUCAUGGUGGCCCCACGGUUAGUGACAGCGAUCCGGGGAUCUCAGUGAGCAAAACCCCCAUCAUGAAGCCUGGGAAACCAAAAGCUGAUGCCAAGAAGGUGCCCAAGAAGUCCGAGGAGGCCCACAUGGAGAACCAUGUGGAUGGGACUGCCCGCCUGGUGGCCGAUGCAACUGAGAUCCUCUCUCGACUUGGUGGCAUGGAGCUACUCCAGGACUCACUGGGGCAUAUCACGCCUUCUGUUCAGCUCCCACCAAAUAUCAACCUUGUCCCGAAAGUCCCCGUCCCACUGAAUACUACCAAAUACAACUCUGCCCUGGACACCAAUGCCACCAUGAUCAAUUCCUUCAAUAAGUUCCCUUACCCGACCCAGGCUGAGUUGUCCUGGUUGACAGCUGCCUCCAAACACCCGGAGGAGCACAUCCGGAUCUGGUUUGCCACCCAGCGCUUAAAGCAUGGCAUCAGCUGGUCCCCAGAAGAGGUGGAGGAGGCCCGGAAAAAGAUGUUCAAUGGUACCAUUCAGCCAGUGCCUCCGACCAUCACUGUGCUGCCCGCCCAGCUGGCCCCCACCAAAAUGCCACAGCCCAUCCUCCAGACGGCUCUGCCAUGCCAGAUCCUCGGCCAGACCAGCCUGGUGCUGACUCAGGUGACCAGUGGGUCCACCACCGUCUCUUGCUCCCCCAUCGCUCUUGCCGUAGCCGGAAUGACCAACCAUGGACAGAAGAGACCUUUGGUGACUCCCCAAGCUGCCCCCGAGCCCAAGCGUCCACACACUGCUCAGGUGCCAGAGCCCCCACCCAAGGUGAUCAACCCGCCACUGACCCCGGCCAGUGACCGUAAGAAGACGAAAGAGCAGAUAGCACAUCUCAAGGCCAGCUUCCUCCAGAGCCAGUUCCCUGAUGACACGGAGAUCUACAGACUCAUCGAGGUGACCGGCCUCUCCCGAAGCGAGAUCAAAAAGUGGUUCAGUGACCACCGGUAUAGAUGUCAAAGGGGCAUCGUCCACAUCACCAGCGAAUCCAUUGCCAAAGACCAGAUGGCCCUAGCGGCCACCCGACACAGCCGAACGUACCACGCGUACCCAGAUUUUACCCCACAGAAGUUCAAAGAAAAGACCCAGGGCCAGGUUAAAAUCCUGGAAGAUAGCUUUUUGAAAAGUUCUUUUCCAACCCAAGCUGAACUGGAUUGGCUCAGGGCAGAGACCAAACUGAGCAGGAGAGAGAUCGAUUCCUGGUUCUCGGAGAGACGGAAGCUGCGGGACAGUAUGGAACAAGCUGUCUUGGAUUCCAUGGGGUCUGGUAAAAAAGGUCAAGACAUGGUGGCCCCCAAUGGCACUCUUUCUCGACUUGACCAACUCUCCAGUGCUCAGCUAGCCAGCUCUCUGCCCAGCCCUUCACCAGCAAUUACAAAAAGCCAAGAGCAGCUUCAUCUUCUGAGGACCACGUUUACAAGAACCCAGUGGCCCACUCCCCAAGAAUAUGACCAGCUAGCGGCAAAGACCGGCCUGGUCCGAACUGAAAUCGUGCGUUGGUUCAAGGAGAACAGAUGCUUGCUCAGAACUGGGACUUUGAAGUGGAUGGAGCUGUACCAGCGUCAACACAUCAUGGAUGGUCACAGUUACGAUGCCGUCUCAAGAAAAACACCAAAACCCAUUGCCGAGAGCCCAAAGAACGGGAGCGAGGUGGGGCAGCAAUAUUACAAGGACCCCAGAAAACUCUGUGACGAGGACCUGGAGACAUUGGGGUCCAGGGUGAAAGUGGGCGGCGAGCAAGCGAAAGACUGUCUUCCAACAAAGUCCUCAGAGGCCACCUCAGACAAGUCGGAGGGCAACAGCCGGGACGGCCAGGGCAGUGAGGAGAAUGAGGAGUCGGGCGUGGUGGUGGACUGGGUAGAGGUGACAGUUGGAGAGGACACUAUCUCAGACCGGUCAGACAGCUGGAGUCAGACUGCACCUGAAGGCCCGGCGGAACUGGCCGAUUCUGACUCCGACAGUGUCCCUGCCGAGGCUGGUCAGGCCUAG